CCUUCUCUCUCUUUGUGGAGGCAAACCAGCUUCUCUUAUUUACAAGGUGGCUUGAUUUUGCUGUUCGCUACAGGUUACAGGUUUUGGAUAUUUGCUGUUUUUUUAACUGACAAAGAAAUCAUUUUAGACUGAGAAAGGCUUGUAUUCACAGGGAAUGCUUUUGCACAGAAGCAUCCCCUGGUUUUCAUACUCAUUUCUCAUCUGUUAAUCGAAUUCACCGCCCACCUCAUCUCAUCUUCUUUCUUUCAGUGUUUGCUUUCUUCACUUUAUAUUCCCCGUCCUUUGGUUCUGUUCAUCUCUCUCUCUCUCUCUCUUUUGUCUUUUCUGGCAGUCUCUCUCAUUUGCUCCCUCCUCACYCCACCUUCCCAACGCCACCUCCUUCUUGCCUCUCUCAGUUGCAGAAGAUGACUGCCAUGGCAAUUCAAUAAGAGGAGCGGACAGCGAGUGAAGCACCCACCACUUGCUAAGAACAAGCGAAGGAGUGCCCAAAAUAAAAAAGAAAAAAAAAGAAGAAAAACAGAGAAAACUAAAAAGAAAAGAGAUCGCAAAAGAAGUAGGAAGGGCUCAAAUUCGAGGAAGUGGCAGUGAAAAGAGAGAAGGAGAAAGGGGAGAGAAAGCAAAGGAUAAACGGUGGAUGGAGGCGGUUCGGACCGGGGUUACGAAGCUCUCUUCACUGACGAAGAAGAAGAACAGCAGCAGCAACAGCAGCAGCAGGGGGGACAGGAGAUGGAGACGAAAGGAAGAAGCAUGCCCCCAGACGUCAGUUUCCUUCCACGCCCUGCGAUGGUUUGGUGGGAACGAGGCAUCCAGGUGCUGUUGACCACUAUGGGGGCCUUUGCGGCAUUUGCUCUCAUGACGGUGGCCAUCGGCACAGAUUACUGGCUGUAUGCCCGCGCAUUCAUCUGCAACAGCACAGCCAACUCUUCCCAGGAGGAUUCCUCCAGCAACAAGGACAAGAAAGACCCCGGGGCUCUCACCCACUCUGGCCUCUGGAGGAUUUGCUGCCUUGAAGGCUUGAAGAGAGGUGUGUGUUCCCAGAUCAAUCAUUUUCCCGACGACGCAGACUAUGACCAAGAUGCUGCAGAGUAUCUGCUUCGUGUGGUUAGAGCUUCCAGUAUCUUUCCAAUCCUCAGUGCCAUAUUGCUCCUGUUGGGCGGAGUGUGUGUUGCUUCCAGCGGCUUCUACAAGAGCAAAAGGAACAUUAUUCUCGGAGGAGGAAUUCUUUUUGUAGCAGCAGGGCUUAGCAACAUCAUUGGCGUGAUAGUAUACAUCUCUGCAGCUCUCAGCGACAUUUCUCCAAAGAAAGACGAGGAUAAGAAGUGGCACUACUCUUACGGCUGGUCAUUUUACUUUGGCGGUCUGUCCUUCAUCCUGGCUGAGAUGGUUGGAGUCCUGGCUGUCAACAUCUACAUUGAGAAGAACAAGGAGCUGCGCUGUCGCUCUCGCACUGACCUCUUCAAGAGCACCACGCAUGCCAUGCUGCGUCUGCCCAGCUACCGCUUCAGGCGGCGCUCCCGCUCCAGCUCCCGCUCCACCGACCCGCCCCGUUCACAGGAGACCUCCCCCGUUGGAGCGUCCAAGACCUUCACUCUUCCUCCGUCUGCUCCUCCCUUCUCUGUUGCCACUCUGCCCAACCCACACCACAGCAGCAGUGGCGGGAGUGGUGGAGGUGGUGGUGGUGACAUCUCCAUGUACACCCUGUCAAGGGACUCCAAGCUGGGGAGCCUGGGAGGAGGAGCCCCACCUCUCUACGGCACGGUGGACCGGGCCACGCUUUAUCAGCUUCACAAUUACUUCCCGAAAGAUUCCAGCGGCAGCAGCGGAGGCGCGGGCGGAGGGGCGGUGAUAAGCAGUGGUACGCUCCCAUCUCACUCUAAGUCCAACUUGGCAGCUGCAGCAGCUGCUGCUAACGCUGCGCCACUGAAUACCUCCACCGCAGCUGCGGCCCCGGCCCAGGCAGCCCCAAUCUCAACAGCCACAAUGGAGCGAGACAGGGGCAACGUUGGAACCCUGGACCGGCUGACAGCCAAAAGGGACAGGGAUAGCAACUCCGACACACUUAACAGGAAAACAACACCUGUUUAAAGUGGAACCUCAGAGAGAAGGGCUGGAAGAGCCUCAAAAAGUAUAAAAAGUUAGGGCUUAAAAUGGGUGGGCAACAUUUCAACAGUAAGGGUUGUUGUCCUUGAGUCUGGGAGUAUCUAGCUGCCAUAGAUAGAAUAUCAUAAACAGUCAUAAAAAACCUAAUACUCUGUGGACAUUGAUGACAACUGCCUGCCUUAAAACCAUCGAAACAUUCAAGUCAGUGUUUUUUACUUUUGUUUUCUCUUUUACUAAACCAGUUGUGCAAAUCUGAUAAAAUAACCCCAGAGACAGAAGAGAACAGUUUAUACCUUUAAUUGCCCUGGUAUGAAUCUGUAGAGUUUACUCAUGUAAUGUCCCAUCUGGCUUUUAUAAUGUCCGUAAGAGUCCAGAAACACUCAAAGAUGACCAAUAAUAAGACAUGCCAAGAUGAUACAAGCCAUAGUUUUGUCACAUGUCUGUUCAAAGGAACAGAAUGUCACAAAUUAUUGCCACGUUUAGAGUUUUUCAGGGACCAAUUCUAGAUCCUAAGUAGCUGCUUGACCUCUGGUCCACAGAGUAACACUUCACUCACAUCUAACCCAGUGUUAAUGUCACACAAGGGAGCAGUGUGACUCACUACAAGACCAUUUAUUUUUAAUGACAUGUUAGAUAAAUAAAUGUGUCCAGGACAGACUUCAAGCUUCACUUUGAAUAGUUCUGUACUCUCUGUCACUCUGCGUCUGCCUUGCUAAAGCAUUUCUACUCAAUUUCUUUGUUUAUAGUCACAAACUUUAAUGUAUUUUAUUGGAAUUGUGAAGUGAAGCCAAAUUAUGCAUCUGUGGGGGAAUUCCCCAAUAUGGCUUUUAAAGAAUGUUACGCCAAUGAAAAUCUAAAACUUAUUCGUACUAAACAAAAAUCCAGCGAUGUUAACUUCCUUCAGAAUUCGCCUAAUUACUGAAUAAUUUGUGAAACUUAAUGUCAAUGCACCUUUUCUAUGCAGGCUUCACGCAUAUAUAGGGAGAUAUUGCUGAGCAACUUGCUAUUAUGACCCCCAGUUUCACCAUCAGACAGGUCAGGGUUCAUGUCGAACAUUUCAGUUCCCUUUUCAGUCCAUCAUCUGAAAUAGAAACAGAACAACUACAAAGUUGUCACGACAUGGAAAAAGCAGCCAUGACCCAUGGUAACUCUGGAAUAACACAAAGUCGACCUUUAUUGAAAAGGUGCAAGAAAAAUCAAAGCUUUCUUAGGACAUGUUUAUGGCAAAUUUGAAGGAAGGUUGUGUUUAGGUGAGACCAAAAAUGACUUAAAUCCAAAACACUAUAGCUACAAAUCAAUAUGCCACAUCAUCACUGCCCACAUAAAUAUUAUGGUAUCAGGAUGAUGCUUUUAAAUUAUUUUCAAUACCAAAUCAAGCCAUACUUUUAAGAUUUGUCUUUGAAAACUGGAGUUAAAUCAUUUUAAUUUCACCAUUAUGCAUAACCAUGUAUUUAUUAAUUACUCCAAAUCUGAGUAAAAUGCAAUACAGUUUGUGACUGGAUGUGACAAAAUGCAAAACUAGUUCAAGAGGUAUGAGGACUCCUGACCUUAUAAACAAACAACAUAACCUAAUAUUCAUUUAUUUAUUGUUUAAACAAGAGACUGUUAAAAGUGCAUGUAUGCCCAAACUGAGACUGAACUUAGAUUACUAGUUUUCCAGUGUCUGUCAAGUAUUUCAUCUUUUCUUGUGAAACAUCAGGAUAUCCAAGAUAUUGUAUAGGUAAAGUUAGGGCAGGUAUCAGCUGUGGAAAAGUAUAUUUUUUGAAACGAUCAGCUGAAGUUUCUCAGUUAGGGAAUGAUCAUAAUUGCAGCUAUAAGUGCAAUGAAAAUUAAUUGCAGAUCACAAGUGAGCAGCUGCACUUUUGACUCUGCUCAUAAAUUAUGGUCACGGUGUGUCAUCAGGAAGCCUCAGAGUCAAAGGAAGUUUUAUUCUCAUAGAGAGAAUGUUGUGCACAUAUAUGAUAUUUAAUUGGUUUAAAUGUUUUAGGGCAUUUUAUGACUGCUUAUGACAAUAAUUAGAUACUGGAGGCUCAAAGGCAGCAUCUGUUGAAUGUUCUUGCUAAGGGCUGAAAAAGCAAGCAACAGGCUGGGGUUGGGAUCAAUUUACACUCAGGGGGUGAAAUUUUAUUUAGAGUCAAAGGUUAAAAAUUACAGUCAUCUGUUGCUCUGUACAAAAUAUUGACUUAUUCAAACAAUCUGUGUAACAAUAGUAUCUAGCACAUCACUAAAUAGGGGAAUUGCAAGAAGUUAGUCAAAUUUCAGGUGAAGCACAUCCUACAGGGUAUUUUUAAGAUGGUAUACUAAAUAGUUAAAAUCUGAAAAAUACAUUUCUGAUUUGAUUUCCCAGACAUUCAGCAUUAGACUCUUAGAUUGUUGUAAGUUCCAGACUGAUGUACAGAAAUCUGAAUGCAGUUUGAACUGAACACAUUAGCCCAACUCUUGCUAUGAAGAAGGAAGAGAAAAAGAGCCUCUGCUCCAAUUCCUCUCCCCUCUGUCUUUCUAUAGCUAUAACUAUAUACUGUUUAACAAAAUAGAACAAUAAAUGUAUUAUAAAAUAGUAGAAAAAAAAUCCACACAUACAAAAACACACAAAGUCUGUAAAUGGUAAACUUUGAGUUUUGACAUCAUUAGUGGACAUGAGGAGUGACGACCAUCUCUGGGUUACAGGAGAUUGUAACUCUGAGUGUUGCCAUCAUGUUCUUGGUGUUUUUAUGAUCAUGCUGGUUGUUGCAGGGUAUUUAUACAUUUAGAUGACAUUGUUUUUAUUUUAUUUUCACAAUCAUCUUCAUUUCUUUUCUCCUGCUGUUGGAAUCAAAAGUUGUAGUGUCACAUCAAAACUGGUGCAUAAAAAGAGGACGGUUAGUGAGUCUACAUAUUCUGUUUUUAUUAAAUAUCUUUAUUGUUGUCUUUGCAUUUGUUUAUGCUGGGAGAGGUAAAUGAGCAUUUAUGCUCCACAUCUGCAAUGCUCUGCUACGACCUAACGCGCUCGGACUGGGCACUGCCCAGUUCAGCCUCUGUGGCUGACUGGUUAACAGCUAACCUGGGUCAACUCGGGGUCACGUGCCAUGCUCAAGAGCACAUCUAUAUGUUGUUUUAGAAAAGUGUUUACUUAUUUUUUUCUUCAAACGAUCUAUUGUUCUAAUAAAUCCAUGAUAAUAAAUGGACAAAUUUUAGUGCACUUUUUUUCAAAACUAUUAUGCUUUUUUAAUACCUAAUAUUAUUUUACUGAAAGUAUAACACUUUGCUUUACUUCUAUGUUUUAUGCUAUGGGUUUGACUUUUUAAAAAUGUAUUGGAUUAUUUUUUAUCAAAUAUUAGGAUUGGUUUUGUUCUCUAUUUAUAAUUUGUCUUCAAUAAUUCCUGUUAAAUGUCUAUUGUAUCUUUUUUUAUCUUUUCUGUCUUUCUUCCACUUUAUUGUCAUCAUUUCCUCGUAGGAAAUGCAUAGAUGUUUUACUUUUGAAACAUAACCAACGUAGCCUAAAAUCUGUGUUUUUUAUUGUUCUAACUAGUGUAUACCUGUAGGUGAUAGAGUUUAUAUUAAUAUAUUUAUUUUGCUGGUGGUAUGGAUCAAUAUUCUUAAUGUCAUAUUCUUUCAGAGUUCCAACUCUUUUAUCUUGGGACUAAAAAGGUGACAGUGGUCCCUGCGACAGAUAUUUGGAAACCUUAGUGCUGGCAAAGUGAGCUGCCUGUAGUCUGUGUUGGUGAUGCUAAAUGUGUUCACACAGUAAACAUUAAGUACAACAAGCUACAUCUGUUAUUGCUAAGGCACAAAUGUGUGUAAAUACUGAGAUGUAGGCAUGGGCUGGUAAAUUUAUCACUGUUUCUUGGUACUGUGGCAUUUGUAAAAAAAAAAAUGUUUAAAUACAUUUGUAUAACAUGAUCCAAUAUCUUGUAUGUAAAGCAGAUAAGCACCAGUUAUUACUGUUCCUGCCACAAUAAUACCAUGUGUGGUGCUCCUAUAGUUUUCUUCUUUCCUCUGUUGUCAAAAAGGAAAAAUAUGGUUGUCUUCUUUCAACCAAGAAAACACCCAGCAGCAGCUGAUUGGCAGCAACAGGUAUUGCUUUUUGCUGCACACAAGAGAAAUUGCUUGUCAUUCUGGCACUUUCUCUGGCACAUUUCAAAUUAUAGAGAGUAAUGACAAUGUUUUGAAGCUAACAUUUUAAACUUUGGUAUUCCUUGAUACCUGGUAGCCACCCCGUGCCUACUGACAUGUGUCCUAAGCUUACAUAUGUUUUGUGACGUGUUUGUAAUAACUUUGUCUGCUAGACAUUGUUUUAUUUUAUUUCAUGGUUUUGUACCAAUGUUAAAGCCAUUCUGAGGCCAAUGUGAAAACCAAGUUCCUUUUCCAGCACUUUGGCUACUGACACAAGCCCAACUUGAAGCUCUUCAGAGAGAAAACUGAGAUGGAUUCAAGAAAGGAACACUAAUGAUAAAAGGAAGCAAUACAAUAUACAGAUUCUCUCUGGAAAAGACGACAAAAUACAAGUAUAUACAAAAUAUAAAUAUAUAGAUAUAUUCAAUAAAGAUCUCUAUGUAUAA